AAAACGGUAAGGGGGGUCGUUGAAACGUAACAUUGCAAGUUUAGAGAGCAGUGAUACCAAACAUGAUGAUGACAUUACUGAGAGUGACAGCUGGCGUGGUGCUGGUGAUGUGCAUCAUACAACGGGGUAAGUCUAUACCAAUAAUCGAACAUGCAUCAAUAUUACAUUACAUACGCUUAUUUAGUGUAUACACAGCCUGGACAUCACUAACAUAAGCUGCUCUCUCUACCUUUCUCUCUCCCUCUGUCCCUCUCUCUCUAUUCUCUCUUUCUCUCUCUCCCUUUCUCUCCCUCUGUCUGCCUCUUUCUCUCUCGCUUUUUCUUUCUCUCUCUCCCUUUUCUCUUUUUCUAUCUCUCACUCUCUCUCUCUCUCUCUCCCUCUCUCUCUCUCUCUUUCUCUCUCUCUCUCUGGUAGUCUCUUUUCUUAAGUUGUCUUCUUGAAAAGGGUGAAUACUUUGCAUUUCUCUUUUUGAUUUAAUUCAGUUCUUAUCUCCCCUUACACUAUCGUAUACUUGUCCCAGUUCAAAUGUAGCUCUUAUAGUUUAGCACCACAAAGUCUAAAUGUAAUAUAUCUUUCAACUUUCAGGAAAUGACGUUGAUGCUCAGCCAGCUGGGAAGCCUGGGGGCGCUGGGGGACCCCCGGGUCCUGGAAGACCUGGAGGCAAUGAAUGUCCCCGUAUUUGUACUAUGGAAUACGCUCCAGUCUGUGGCAGCGACACUAAAACCUACUCCAAUGCCUGCGGACUCAUUGCUUAUAACUGUGACAGGCCAGCUAACAGGAAAAUAACUCAGGCGUACACAGGAGAAUGUAGGGGGCGACCUAAGGGGGGACGUCGAGAUUAACCAACAGUGUUGUUGUCAUCGUGAACGACAGUCGAGAGCAUAACAAUGACUGAAUCAAUGCAGAGUUGUACAUUGUCUAUUUAUUUUUUUAUCAAGCAACAGAUGUAAUAUAUGAAUUGUUAUGAAAACCUUCCUUUUGUGUGUGUGUGUGUGUGAAAUAAAUGAAUCCAUGUCAACUAGAGAAAUAGUCUGGCUAACAUCCUCCUGUUUAUUUCAUUUGAGAAAUUUAUCAAAAGAUUUUCAAGUCGUGUAUUUUUCUGGAUAUUUUUUUUUUAAAAUAGUGCUUUCCUGUUUUAAUAUCUUUUAAAUAAUGCUCUUAUUACACAAUUACGUUUGAAUAUGUAUGUCACUAAGACUAUCCUCUUUAUGAUAAUAUAUUCAAAGCUUAGAAGGCGUAUACAGCAUGCCAUAUGAAAGAUUUUAAACGUAUAAUUGUAAGUUCACUUCUCUCUUAAUUAUUGACAUUAUAUGUUCUAAAAAAUACAAAAUUUGUGUUUUUACCUUUGAA